UACCUAGUGGCUCACUGAGUCCUCUCUAGCAGAGAACAGAGUAUCGCCCCGGCGGACAGUUGCGGUAGCCUUCUGGCGCGGAUAUUUUUAUUUUUCUGGAUUUACACCCCACAGAUAAAUUCCGGGAUGCCUUCAAAUGUACAAGGAGGGAAAGCCUUUGGACUGUUAAAGGAGCAGCAAAGGUCAAAAUUGGACGAAAUAAACAAGGAAUACCUGGAAGACCAGAAGUACAGGGAUGAAGAGGACCUGGCGGAGAAGUUGGAAGGUCUCAAAAAUAAAUAUGCUGAGUUUGACCUGAAUGACCAAGGAGAGAUUGAUCUGAUGGGUCUGAAGCGGACGAUGGAGAAGAUGGGGGUGCCCAAGACCCACUUGGAGUUGAAAAAGAUGAUCGUUGAGGUGACGGGCGGCAGCAGCAACACCAUCAACUACAGGGACUUUGUCAAGAUGAUGCUGGGCAAACGUUCAGCUGUGCUCAAACUAGUCUUGAUCUUUUGAGGACAAAGCCAAUGGCUCGACCUGCAAACCAGACGGACCCCCUCCAAAGCGGGACAUUUCCAGCCUGCCUUAACUGCAGACGUGAGGCUGCGGACGGCUGGAGAGGCAGCGGGACCGUCGGUGGUUGCGUGAAGUCGUUCACAUGUGGAGUGUUGUGUUAGUGUGGGACCAUCAGGAUGUUGCUCUGUGAUAUACGGUGUGUGUGUGAGGUGUUUGUGACCCACAGCUCACUAAAUGAUGUUUUUUCCCCUUCUAGUAACAAUGUAGCAUCUGUAGUUGUAAAUCUGCUUUGUAGUGUUUCAUGGAUAUAUUUUAAGGGAAGAUUCCAGAUUCUCCAGAGGUUUAGUUUUUAGGAUGCUUUUGGAGAAGCACAUUUUUGCACUGUCCUCAGCGGUCUGGGAUGGACUCCUGCAGGCUAAUCUCUUUAGAUCAGGUGCCAGAGAUUACAGGCCCAGCCCAUUUCCUCUGGGUCAAAGUCAUCAGCCCGUGGAGCCCGAAUACUGAUCUGGCAUCAGUAAGUAGGUUAUCAUGGCCACCUCAUGAGAUCUGAAAAACAUUUUUUGUAGAUGACUGUACUGCGUUUUUAACAUUCACUCACUAGUUUGGAGAACACUAAGAGAUCAUGUUGACCAUGGGACUUUCAGUUUCAGUAUGCGGCUUGAAGAACAGCAAACCUGACUCCGAUUUCUUUUAGAUCUGUAAAGCUUUAAGCACACGUUCAUUUUGGAAGGAGUGUGAUUUACAGACACACAAGCUUAACACAUGUACAUAAUAUACGACAACACAGUACAAUCAUAUUCUUUCCAAGUGCCUCAACAUGCAGAUUCUGCACAGCUUAAAACACAGAUUGAAGAAAUAAAAAGGAUGGAGUGCACAGUUCAAGCUUAGCUUACGCAUUCCAGGAAACGGUGAAAUAAUGUUAUUUGGUGAGAUAGUUUUGAUGAUGUUUGUUGAAUUCUAUUGAUAUGGUGUUUCCACGACACUCCGAGUGAGUGAACUUCACCCGUGUUGGUUUUUUUUUUAAAUGUAGUCGUUUCCCUUUUCUUACCGUGAUUUUAUUUUUUUAAAGCCCUAGCAAGUUUGUUGAGUGUUUCAGUUGCCCCUAUACUUGUCUUGCGAUGCACAUGUUCUUAGUUUCUCUUUGUCUUGAAUCAUUGUUCCCCCCCCCCCCCCCACACACACUCCUCUGUGUAGAACUGGGUUCAUUCUCUUGUGAACUCUGUAACUUGUGCCUCAGUGUUCCUGUAACUCGCACUACUUACUGUGAAUUCGGUACUUUUAGUAUCUAAACGUGUUUAAAACUAUGAUGUCCUUUUUGUUUCCAUCUGUUAAUGUCCAGAUGCACGUUGUGUGCAGACACCAAAGGAGUUAAAAUUCUUACACUGGCCUGUUAACCUUUGAAAUGUUUAUUGUUGUCGUGGAGAAGUUUCAAACUGUUGACUCGUUUUGAAUUUGGGUGAAAAAUGACACGUGUAACACGUUUAAUUGGCCGUUAAUAGAGUUUUAAUUGUGCUUAAAUACUGUUUUUAUUUCACUAGUAAACACCGGUGUACAAAACACAUUUCCACUCUUGUGUUUAUAGAUGACGUUCUACUUUGAGAGGGAGAUUUGUGUUCAUGCAUACUGUUCCCCUCGUCUUAUAUGUGAAAGGUGAGUGACCUCGGCUUGCAGUCAUAACGAUUCAGCUGUCCAUUAAGUGCAUCAGUGCAGGUAAACGUGCGUGUGCAUUACCAAUUGGGAAAAUCUGGAUCUGAGUUUUGCACGAGGAUCAUCUCCCAGUUCACAGGCAGAGAUGAACAGUGUGUGAAUCUUUUGUGUCUCGUGCUUUCAUUCCAUAUGUUCUCCUCAUUAACUUCCCACGUGGCUUCAUGUACGUGCAGCUGUAUGCAUAAUACACAUUCUUGAGCAAUAAAAUGUUUUCAUGAAAAAAGAAAA